AUGCAGGCCAUUCGCCCAGACGUCAUUCGCGCAGCGAGGGCGCAUACGAUGCUUCGUCACUUCGGCAGGGCUUUUCGAGGAAAUGCAGAGGGGUUGCACGAGCUCAGUUUCGCAGUGGAGAAAAUCGACGAGUUCUGGUCCCACAGCUGGCAGACGUCUGCUUGGAUGAAAGUCUCCACCCUCUGGUUUGUGAACAACGGCUAUGCGGCAGCAGUGCUCGGAAUGAUCUGUGCUGUUGCGGCUUGCGUUCUGUGCCUGCUAGAGGUGCUGCCGCUGGAGCUGGCAGCAGGUGUUCGUUAUCCCUG